AUGCUUCGUACCUAUGUCAGAUCUGACGAACGCGAGUGGGAGCGUUUGCUUCCGGCCUUGGAACUUGCCUACAACACAACAAGUCAUUUAUCCACUGAGCUCUCUCCCUUUAAGGUCAUGAUUGGGGAGAACCCGUUGACUGCUGCGGACCUUGAUGUCUUAGGCGCGUUAGCUCCUACGCUCACUCCUCCGAUGACUAAGCUUUUCCGGCAGCUCUGCGAAAGAGCACAGAGUCACAUCCUGAAGGCAAAAUGGCAGAAGAAGUACUACGCAGACACAAAGGGUCGAGCAGUGGAGUGGGAGAAAAGGUCUGGCUCAGCAGCAAGCACCUACCGCCUUUCAGCAGCUGCCCUAAGUUCGAACCCCGUUACUGCGGACCCUUCGAAGUAA